GCAGAUCAGGCCUGACAUCGAAAGGAUGGGUGUUACGCAUUGCUUAUGAUGAUAAGAAGAAUCCUUAUCUACCGAAGGUUUUCAAACAGAGCCAUCUUUGGAAAAUUCUUCCCUAAGAGCGCUGCUAGAGCUACUGUGCCAGGAGGUCCAAGUGUACCAUGUAGUACAGCGAAGGCUGUGGAAUGGGACGCUGCUUGGUCACAGAACCUUGACCUGUCGGGUUGUGCGGCUCUUGGAGUUCAUGUUGCAGCUUAUGAGGAAGAUAAAGCCGAAGGUACCCGUCCUAAGAAGCUACAGGCAGAGAAAACUGCAGAAGGCAUUGUUUGAGGAUUAAACAAGGUUUAUAACGAAUGUUUGCAUCGCACAUUUCUCUUAUUUUCUCAAAAGACAAUACUUUAUCAUCUUCCGUAGGGUCAAUAAGUGCCAAUAAGUUGUCUCUUUAACUUUAGGAGUUUCUGAGGAUGUACCUAAGUUUCUGGUGAUUUUCUAUUUGUUUUCCUGAAUAUGAAUCUUUCUUCUGUUACAAAGUUUCAACUUUUUUUUUUCUGUA